CACGGGUGCCUGGGGUGGGCAUGAAAGGGCUCUUUCACUGGCCGCUGCGCAGAGACGCCGGAGACCGCCAGGCAGGCAGCAACACCCGGUUGUGAAAUGGCCCUGGCCCGAAUGGUGGCCCCUGCCCUCCUGCUGCUCCUGGCACUGCCUGCUGGGGCCUGGCGUGGCCUGGGGCUGCCCCGCCGGCCGUGCGUGCAGUGCUGCCGUCCAGCCUGGCCCCCCGCCGCCCCCGGCCCGGGCGCCCACAUGAGCGACGGGGACCCGUGGGCACAGCUGCCCCGCCUGCGGCCCACCAUCGACAUCUCGAUCCUCAAAGGUGAGAAGGGUGAGGCCGGGGUCAGAGGUCACUCUGGCAGGAGCGGGAAGGAGGGCCCGCCGGGCUCCCGGGGCCUCCGGGGCCGCAAGGGCCAGAAGGGUCAGGCAGGGCUGCCUGGCGCCCAGUGCACGCGCGCCUACGCGGCCUUCUCGGUGGGCCGACGGGAGGGGCUGCACAGCGCCGACGCCCUCCAGGCGGUGACCUUCGACAUGGAGCUGGUCAACCUGGACGGCGCCUUCGACCUGGCCUCCGGCCGCUUCCUCUGCACCGCGCCCGGCGUCUAUUUCCUGAGCCUCAACGUGCACACCUGGAACUACAAGGAGACCUACCUGCACAUCAUGCGCAACGCGCACGCGGCCGCCGUGCUGUACGCGCAGCCCAGCGAGCGCAGCGUGAUGCAGGCGCAGAGCCUGCUGCUGCCGCUGGCCGCGGGCGACGCCGUCUGGGUGCGCAUGUUCCAGCGCGACCGCGACAACGCCAUCUUCGGUGAGCGCGGCGACCUCUACAUCACCUUCAGCGGCCACCUGGUCAAGCCGGACGCCGAGCUCUGACGGCCCGGCGCCACCAGCCCCCAGGGCCCACCCUCCCAAGCCCCCUGCCCAGGAGUGGGGCCAGCUGUGAUUGAGUGCCGCCUGCGUGCACAUGCUGAGCUGAGCAUGGCCCCGGCAGGAGCAAGACAGACCCACCAGACCUGCUAGACACAGACCCCAACCGAGGGGUCCCAGCAAGAGAUUCCGGAGCAGACCGCGUUCCAGGCGCGCAGUGGGCGGGGUUGGGGCGGGGCACCUUCCUCUGCUAAGGAGCUUGCACUCCUGGUCGGAUUCCCUUUCCGGUUAUAAAGGCUGUGCCAGGCCCCCGCGGUGUGAGAGAAUUACAAAGCGCCUACUGGGUGCUGGGCUGGAUGCUGGUGAGGCUCCGGGGGAGGGGUGGAGCGUGCUGAAUUCCAGGGUGCUCAGGGCGGCAGAGGCCACGGGACCAAUGACGUGGAGUAAGUGGGUGCCGGCCGAGCCAGGACAGGCCUCAGCCUGGGUGAACACACUGCCAGCCCCGGUGGGUCUAUUUUCUGGGGCUUGCGGCAUCCCCGGGUCUGUCUUGAGUGGGCUGAGAGGAGGAUGCUUGCCUGAGCCCAGGGAGCCCCAGACCCCUGGGGUAUCACCUCCCACUUCCACAUGCUGAAGCUGGGCCUGGCGGGGACCUGCAGAGAGCAGGCUGGCCCCGUCCCUGCAGGCAGGCGUGUGUGGACUGGCCCAGCUUUCUCCACUAGAGGCCUCGUCCACCCCGCAGGAGGAGCCAUCAGGCUGCCCCGCCCUCGGGUCCGCUCUGAGCCUGUUCCUUUCCUGCCACAUGUCCUCUGGCCAUUCUGGGACCUUCUGUCCGGCCUCUGUGGCCCCACCACCCGCUGCCUCCUCUCUGGGCCCUCCCCGGCCUCCCCUCCUGUGACCACUCCGCCCAAGUGAGGAUGCUGAGCUGGUGAGGUGGCGAGGGCCCUGGCAGGAGCAGUGUCUGGAGCCACCAGAGCCCAGCAUGCUGGCUGAGGUCCCCGGCCAGGCGGAUGUGGCUGGAGCUGCAGGCUGGCCAGGCCGAGCCUGCUGGGGCUGCUGGGUGAUGAAUAGGCCGGGGCCUCCACCCUGGGGCCCUGAGACCACAGAACACUGCAUGUUGGGUCCUGUCUCCUCAUCACGGCCCCCCGCCCCACCCCAGGAGCCCAGCCCAUCCUGAGAUGGUCUCUGGCAGACCUCCCCAGACCAUGGUUAUCGACUGGGGGGGUGGAGAGGGGGUGGGAGCCUCUCGUCCCCGCGCAUGGGGAGGAGGCACGGCUGGGAGCACGGCGCCCUCCCCUGCUGCACGGAACCCCGUGACCCUCAGGAACAUCCACCCUGAGUGAGGCUGGAGCCAAGAGCAUCCACAUACACCCGUGGGCAGCAGGGCCCACCCUCCCAGGCCGGGGCAUCCUGGACAGGUGGAGAUUUUGAGGUCCAGCGAGGGUGUGUAGACCUCCAAGUGUGUGUGAUGCUGGGAGCUGGAUCCCCCUCAAACAGGGCUGACUCCUCUAGUGUGGCCUGGGAUGGGGGGAGGGGAGGGCCCCCACUGGAGAGGGGCUACUGGGACUCCGAGUCUGCAGGGAGAGGGGGCUUCCAGCCGGCAGCCUUCCGCAGGGCCUCAAGGGCUGUGACAGUCCCGCCUCUGAGGCUGGCUUUCGGGCCAGCUCUGGACCAGGAUCGGGGGCUCCUGGGGUCCCAGGUAUGAGGCCCUUGCAUCCCAUGCAGGCCCUACAAUCACCGCACCAGCGGACAGGGACAUCCCAGGAGGAAGCUGGGACUCAGAGGCCUGGGUCCCUGAGCUCAGGCCUGGGCAGGGCUGUGACCCCAACCCCCCAGCACAAGCAGGGUCUGUACCCCAAGAUGCAGAGCAUGGGGGGCAGGGUUCACAGCGAUGCCUGCCCCCAGGAGCCCCAAGGCCCAGCUGGGCCUGGCCGUGGCACAGGGCAGGGGGCAGCAGGACUCCGGGGGGCUUGCUGUAGCCGAGGGUUUGGGAGCUGAGUGGGGCACCCUGGACUGGUGAGCCCGACCCCACUGAGACUAGAGGGUGCUGGAAGAGCCCGUGGGGCACCAGAGGGCGGCCCUGGACUGCUCCCCGGCCCCUCCCGAGACCCGCUCGGUACCGCCGACCCCCCCGCCAGUGAUGCUGGCUUGGGGCGAGGAGCCUCAGGCUGCACUUUGGCCCUUUGGCCUGGGUCCUUUUAUGGCUGGAAUAGCUGGACACGCCCAGGGUGCCUGGCAACCAGCAGGGCAUCAGGAGUGCUCAGAGGGGCCGCGGGGGCCGAGGGGGGUCCCACGGCAGAGAUAAAGGCACCCACACAGGAGCAUGAGGGGUGGAAGGACCUCCCUCUAUCCUCCCAGGUCUGGACUCCCUGCCCCCAACUGGGACCCUGCCCGCGAGUGCUGCAGGCCAGCCUGGCCGGGUGGGGGCGGGAGGGCCGCCCAGUCCAGCAGCCCAGGCAAAGCCGGCUCUCUCGGGCUCCCCGUCUGGCCCUGGGGUGCACUGGGCCCUGAGGGUGCAGGGCUGGGGGGCAUUCCCAUGAAAUCUGCGGACCUGCUGCCCGCUGGGCCUCCCUCUCACCUCACUCCAUCCGCGGGGCCUGGACCAGAGGCACUGGGGCGGCUCCACUGAGCCCCCGGGACAGCCCUGCUCCCCUUGCUUGCCCAGAGGGCAGAGCAGGCCAAACAGAUGGUGUCCGAUCAAUUCCAAAGUAAAGGCCACCCCUGCCCUCAGAGAACAGGGGCCAGGUAGUGUCUCCCCUGAGUGCGAGCAAGAACCCCGUGGAGGCUGCUGGUCAGAGCCUCCUUGCCCGGGACGCGCCAGGAACACCACAGGUGGGUGCAGGAUGGGCGGCAAGGCCUGCCUCCCCCCACCCCCGGCUUAGUGAAAACCCACGACUGAGAACAGGUGGGGUGAGGGGAAGGCGUCAUGUCCACAAAGUGAUGAGAAGCUCCAGACUCAGGAAUCCGUGCCUGUGCGGCUCGCUCAGGAGACGAGAGGGUGAACAGCAUCCUCGAAGAACCGCACGGCAGCCUGGGGUGGGGUGGGGGGACCAGGGUGCACCUGCCCUGGGGAAGAGAGCUGGAAACGACCAGAACACGGGGCAGCCCAGAGGCGGAAUCCUAUGGAAGCCGUUUCCCGUCUCAGUUUUUCUCCGUUUGGUGGAAUUCCAACAAAACAUCCAUUUUUAGAAUUUGGGUGAAAGUCAUAAACCAUAAAAUGUACCAUUUUAAAAUGAACAAAGUGAAAGUCG